AUGCCGGCUGCAAGUGACGACCGCCCGCCUGCUCGCCAAACACUUGCUCGGACCCACACAAAGCCAGCUCGGACGCGCACGAAAAAACGUGUGGUCAAGCUUGAUCAACAGCACGGCAUUGCCGCGGCGCGAAUUUUCAUGGACGAGAUUGGGUGCCUUGUAUCCCCCGUCUUUGAGUCUCCAGUGUGCACGCAGUGCGGCCAUGUCCUGAGAGGCCGGGUGACGCAUCAUCUGUUCAAAAAGCACCAUGUGCGGUGCAGCCAAGAAGACAUUGAUGCAGCCAUGGCACUCCUGCGCCCGCUGCAGCCCGAGGAGCCGCCGAUCGACAUUGGGGCAGAAUCAGAGCCGCCUGAGCAUCCCGACGAACCAGAGGCCAAGCAGCCGCCUCGACGAGUCAAGCUGCAAAAGCCGCUGCGCGGUGCUGGAGCCCGCUGUGUCGAGGUCAUUGUGGAGGAAAGCCACGACGCCUCGGCAGCCGAUGUCAGCGAGAACGAAGAGGAGCUCGAGGAGCAGCAGCGGUUCAAGCAGUUUAUCUCAAGCACCCAGGCCAUGGCCUCAGAGGCUGAGGAUAAGCGAUGCCCGCACGGCGUUCACCAGAUGCAUCCGUUCUACGACAGCGUGGGCAUGACGCUGGUCAUCAACGAGCUGAAGCCAGAGCGCAUGGUCGAACUGGGCCACAACACCCCGUCGGCACUCCUCGAGUCGGGCAUGCAUGAGCUGUUCUGGACGGCCUACGAGCAGCUCUCGGAUCAGGGCCUGGCCGCCGCUGCGGUGACGCGUCUGUUUGACGACAAUAAAGGGCAGUAUCAACAUCGCCCCAUGCGGCAAGUACAGCCGCAAACCGUCAGCAGGUACCUGAGUCUUGGAACACGCCUGAUCCAAUUCUUGCUGCUGCUGGAGGCCAUGCCAGCCCCCGAUCCGUCGAGCUUUCUGGGCCAGGUGCUUGCCAGCCGUGGCCCUGCGGUAAUUGAUGCCACCGUGGCUCUGAGUGUGGGCCUGGACGCUGAAAUGACCAAGAAAGAGCUGGUUGAGCCCCUCACAUCCCUGUGGCUGGCCCUGGUGGAGGUGGAGCUGAGCCUCUUUGACAACGACAAGGUGCACUUUGUCAACGUCUUCUUAUUGUGCACGGCCGUGUCCAAAGGAAGCGGCAUCCUGCAAGACAUCAGGCAGUGGACCACGACGCCCGCUGGACUGCUGUACGUUUUCAAAUUGUUCCUGCUUCGCCGUGGCAAGAAUGAGUCGUGGUCAGUGGCUAACGAGUUGAGGCCGUAUAUGCAGCCCGGGCGAUUGGUGCACUUCUUAAGCCAGCGCAUGAGCAUGGCACGAACAGCGAGCAUGGCCGAGGGGCAGGCUGGAGUCGACGUCGAUAUCCGAGCCGAUGGCGACGUGACGGACGAGACGCUGCGCACCAUUGUCUGUCGAGGCAUUGAGCUCAAUGUGGAGGAGCUUGGGGCUGCGCUGGAGCAGAUGAGCAAAAACAUGACGGAAAUAUUGGACAAGCACCUCUUGCUCGACUCACGCCUGCGGAAAGAUUACGAGAAAGAAUAUGAGCGGCUGCGAUGA